GUCAAUGACCCCACCUCCAAAUUUUCAGAUGGCAAAUCCGCAUGUCAGGGACACAAAGGCCUUGAACUCCCGCCACUGAUUGAAGACUGGACCAAGGAGCAUGUAAAGGACUGGCUUGUUUUUACUCUAAGAGUUUCAAAGAAAAUUGCAGAGCAUCUCUAUGAUCAAGAGUUAUCAGGAGCAUGCUUGGCAUCCUAUGAGAAACAGGACUUAUACGACCUAGGAGUUCCAAAGGCUCCAGCAAUACAAAUCAUGAGACAGGUGGAGAAGUUAAGGAAAUAUAUGGAGACAUCCGAGUCCCCUUUUAGGAGUGAUUUUGAACUCAGACAGAGUGACAACUGGAAUAGUUCAGAAAUGUCAGAAAAUAUGGAUGAGUAUGUCGAAACUGAAACAGUGUCAUCAGAUUCAGGUUUUCAGAGUUCCAGCCCUGCAGUGCAAAUGUUGCAGAUUGCUAGAAACAAAAUAAGAUCUGUUAUAAAUCAAACGAGUGACAUCGAAUCUAAUUUGGUCAUUCCUAGCAACACAACUUCUCCACAACCACAGAGAAGAACGUGUCAGAUCAGGCCCUUUGACAAAAGCUACCCCUCCAUCUUCUACAUAGAAAAUGACACCCUUCCACCUGAGGCUGGUCCAAGUAAUCUACUUGACCCUAUUCACGAAUACCACCUUUUACCGAGUCCAGAUGAAGUCAGUGAAAGAGAGAUCCUUUAUGAAUUCACAAAGGAAGUGUUCAGUUUUGCUGCCAGCUGCAUGAAUUCACGAACCAAUGGAACAAUUCAUUUUGGGGUGAAGAGCCAACCAGACUCACAGCAUGGUCAAGUAGCUGGACACAAGAUCACUUCUUUUGAGGGAUACAACCAGGAAUUUCAAUCAUCUCUGAGUGAAUUCUUUCAGGAGCAACACAUAAAUGCUGCUAGAAUGUGCAUCAGACCCCCUAAUUACAUACCAGUUCACCAUGAAGAUGGCACAUCGACAGACAGAUGGGUUAUUGAGGUUGAUGUGGUCCCAGCAUAUCUACAAACUCAGGACAGUACUUUCUAUACUCAAUUAAAUAUUGCAUCAACAGAAAACAAACAACAAUGUGAAACCGAAUGCCUCUUUGUCAGGGAUGGCCCAAGAUCAGUCAACAUUCUAGCAGAUACGAAUUCCCGGGUCGUUCAGGAGAAGCUCAAACGCUUUACUGAUAAUAUCAAGAAUGUGGUUUCAGCACGAAAAUCAGCAGAGGAAAAGCCAGAGAAAAGGUCUCCUCAAAGCAACCAAGGGCAAAGACUAAAGCAGCUAAUAACACGUGGAGGAGAUGCAUUUGAAAGUUCCCUUCAGGUUAUUAUGGUUACCGACAAAUGCCACUCGUGCCAUCUGGAGCAUAUGGAUUUUUUGAAAGACCUGAGGUUGUUUGCUGUGCUUGACUUUGAUCCCGAGUCAGAUAUAAAUGGAACAUGCAGCUUUUACAAAACAGAUCGCAUUGCUAAUCUGCAUUACCCAUACAUGUACACCACUCAGGAUAGUUUAACUGUAGUCAUGGGAAAACUGAACUUGUUUAAGCAAACAAGCUGGGUUUUCUGCAAUGGGAGGAAGAAUGAAGAAAAUGAGACGGACAAGCCCUUAACACCUGGUGAAUGGCUGAAGAGACGCUCUGGGGAAAUCAGCAACAUGGUUAACUUCCUUGGCAAUCCUGAUUUGAUUUCAAAAGAGAAACUCCUAGUUGUGUUUGUUCUUCACUCAGCAGUAACUGACGUCUCUAGCCCGUUUUUGGAGACAUUCUGUGCUAUCCACCGGACACUGGAGGGAGUUGACAACAUGCUGUGUAUAUGCAAAGACUCAACUGUAUUUAGUCACUGGAAACAGCUGAUAGAGGUUCGCUGUAAGGAAGACAUUACCAGCAAAUGUAUCUAUGAACUGAGUCUGAAUGAGAUAUCCAGCACUGUGAAAAAACUUAAAGAACCUCAAAGACAGUCCUCCCAAAGAUUCCUGCCAUCCACAGGCUCAAGCUCAGUUGUGCUGACCAAAAAAGAUGAAGAACUUUUUACAGUUCUGGACAUUCUGAGUGAAAAUGAAUGUGAGAACACCGAAAUUGAAAACAGCGAGAACUUCCAUGACUUCAAGAAGAAAACUGAAGAGGAUUUUUAUAGAGGAGGACAAGUAACCUGGUGGAACUUUUACCUGUCUGAAAACACAGGUUGCCUGCCAUUCAUCAAGCGGGACAAAUACAAUGAGCUGUAUGAUCUGAUCACACCAGUUGGAUAUCACACACAGCCGUGUGUUAUGAUCAACCUCUUCCAUCACCCAGGAUGUGGGGGGACAACUCUGGCAAAGCAUGUUUUGUGGAACUUGAGGAGAAAAUUCAGAUGUGCGUCUGUUAAAAACAACACAGCAACAAACAAUGAAAUUUCCAACCAAGUUGGCAACCUCCUCAGAUUGGGAAAACAAGACCAGCCAGGCUACACACCCGUACUCCUCCUGGUGGACAACUGGGAGGAUGUUGAGGAUCUAAAGCAGUGCAUUAUUGCCAGUAACUGGAGGCCCUAUAAUAGUCUCAUGGUUAUCAUACUGAACUGUGAGAGGACUCAAUUUCCUGAGCCGAAUGCUAGAAAUAGUCACAUAGCCAAUGUGUUCAUUACCAACAAGUUGUCUGCCAAAGAACAAAGUAAGUUUUCUGAGAAACUUAUACAAAUGAAGGAUGACCAUGCGGAGCCUGACACGUUCUAUGCCUUCAUGAUCAUGGCAAAUAACUUUAGUGAGACUUACAUCGGAAAUCUAGUCAGUAACAUUAUCAAAGAUAUCGACACUUCAACACCACAGGGCAGGUUGUAUGCCUUUCUUUCUUUGCUAAACACAUUUGUCAAUGGAUCAUACAUGUCACUCUCUUUAUGUGAAGAGUUAAUCGUCAUUGACAUUUUGCAUUGUGACCGAAUCUACAAAUGCUGCAUGGGAAAAGAUUUCCUGGUCCACAACAUCCAAAGCAUGCUCAUCACACGCCACAGAAAAGAACAAGGGAAUGAAAAAGACACUCUGUUCUCUCCUUUGGUUGAAAGGAUUGCUGAAGAGGAAGGACCGGAAAAAAUAAAAGAAGUCCUGGAGAAAGCCAUCGAAAGAUUUGACAGAAGUGCAACACUGCCACAGGCACUGGCAAGAUAUUUCUACUUAAAAGAAAAAGACUUUGGUUCUGCCCUCUAUUGGGCUCAGGAUGCACAACGGAAAAUGUCAAAUUCAUACAUCGCAGAUACAGUUGGACAGAUUUACAAGAGCCAAUUCAAAAAUAAACUAGAAGAUUCUAAGCCUCUCACACCUGAAUCACUUGACGAAUGCCUAACUUUAUGUUCCAAAGCUGUGAAAGCAUUCCAGGAGUCUCAGGAGCUCGCCAAAACAGAUCAACAAGUAGACCAUUUUGAUCUGCACGGCGUAAGGAGACCAAAGAGCUACAAUACAGCAGGUUACGUUGGAGAGACUGAAGUCAUGAUAACCUUACUUGACAUCAUCAAAGAUAUUUUUGAAGUCAAUUACAAACUUCAAAAUGAUACAAUUUUACAAGUUCUCAAAGGUCACAACUCUGUGAGCAAUUUACGUUGUGACCCCGGGAACACAACCAUGUGUCGGUUUGUGACGGUCCUGGCAAGCCAUGAGAGAUUUCUGACCUCCCUAAAGCCAAGGCUGAAGGACAUUUUCAAUUUCUUCGAGAACUACUUCACAUACCUAAGGCCUAGGUCACGGGAAAGGGAAACAGCUGAUGAAAAACACAAAAGAAAACUGUCAGAGUUCUUCAGAAAAUAUUUGCAAAUAUUCAGUCAGUCAGAAGAGGAGAGAUUAAAUGAAAAAGCAAGAAACCCAAAUUUGAGUCUCAGUCAAGAGCUGGUGGACCACAGGUACUACCUGGAAACAAAGAGAGCAGACUCUUUUGCUGGACUUUUGCAGUGCUUGAGUGACAAAAACAGGGUGGAAAUGGAACACAUUCUCAAAAAUUGGAAAUUCAUCUUUGACAACACACCCUCCAGAUCCCUGUUAGAUACAGUCAACUUCAUUUUGGCAAACAUAGUGAUGCACUCCAUCAAUCCCUCUUCAAAAUGUUUAAAAAAAUAUGAAGAGUUAGUCGAUCUUCUGAACAAAGAACUACAAAAAGAAGGCACCCGUUCACGUUUCACAGAGUUGUAUUACCUGUCCAUGCUGCUCAUGUGGCCCACAAAAGAUAGAAAACUUGAAAGUUUUCCAACCUACUCACAUGUUAGCACAUACAUCACAUCAACUAAGAAAUCUUUCCAUCGGCGCUUUUCACACAUGUUUCCAGCAAGGAGUGCCAUUGCUCAUUUCUUUCUUGGUAAUUCCUCUGGACUAAGGCGAAUAGUUUCCAAAGUGAAACUUGACCAAAUGGUCUGUGUUCGAGGACAGAGCAAUCUGCACAAUCUCUGGCAGAGUGGAGCAGCUUGGAAUGUUCCAGAGGUUCAGAAAGAGCUGUUACGGAUCAAAGGGAAAUUGGAAAAAGGAGAGAUUUUUGUGAACUAUGGCGGCAGCCUAAAUAUGUUUGUGCGUCCAGUUUACUUAGGGGACAUCCGAAGUGGGUACAGUCGGGAGGAAGUAUCCUUUUACCUUGGUUUCACAAUGGAAGGACCUAUCGUCAUUGACAUUUUGCAUUGUGACCGAAUCUACAAAUGCUGCAUGGGAAAAGAUUUCCUGGUCCAGAACAUCCAAAGCAUGCUCAUCACACGCCACAGAAAAGAACAAGGGAACGAAAAAGACACUCUGUUCUCUCCUUUGGUUGAAAGGAUUGCUGAAGAGGAAGGACCGGAAAAAAUCAAAGAAGUCCUGGAGAAAGCCAUCGAAAGAUUUGACAGAAGUGCAACACUGCCACAGGCACUGGCAAGACAUUUCUACUUAAAAGAAAAAGACUUUGGUUCUGCCCUCUAUUGGGCUCAGGAUGCACAACGGAAAAUGUCCAAUUCAUACAUUGCAGAUACAGUUGGACAGAUUUACAAGAGCCAAUUCAAAAAGAAAAUAGAAGAUUCUAAGCCUUUCACACCUGAAUCACUUGACGAAUGCCUCACUUUAUGUUCCAAAGCUGUGAAAGCCUUCCAGGAGUCUCAGGAGCUCGCCAAAACAGAUCAACAAGUAGACCAUUUUGAUCUGCACGGCGUAAGGAGACCAAAGACCUACAAUACAGCAGGUUACGUUGGAGAGACUGAAGUCAUGAUAACCUUACUUGACAUCAUCAAAGAUAUUUUUGAAGUCAAUGACAAACCUCAAAGAGAUCAAAUUUUACAAGUUCUCAAAGGUGACAAGGUGAGCAAUUUACGUUUUGACCCCGACAACACAACCAUGUGUCGGUUUGUGACGGUCCUGGCAAGCCAUGAGAGAUUUCUGACCUCCCUAAAGCCAAGACUGAAGGAAAUUUUCAAUUUCUUUGAGAACUACUUCACAUACCUAAGGCCUAGGUCACAGGAAAGGGAAACAGCUGAUGAAAAACACAAAAGAAAGCUGUCAGAGUUCUUCAGAAAAUAUUUGCAACUAUUCAGUCAGUCAGAAGAGGAGAGAUUAAAUGAAAAAGCAAGAAACCCAAAUUUGAGUCUCAGUCAAGAGCUGGUGGACCACAGGUACUACCUGGAAACAAAGAGAGCAGACUCUUUUGCUGGACUUUUGCAGUGCUUGAGUGACAAAAACUGGGUGGAAAUGGAACACAUUCUCAAAAAUUGGAAAUUCCUCUUUGACAACACACCCUCCAGAUCCCUGUUAGAUACAGUCAACUUCAUUUUGGCAAACAUAGUGAUGCACUCUAUAAAGCCCUCUUCAAAGUUUUUAAAAAAAUAUGAAGAGUUGGUCGAUCUUCUGAACAAAGAACUACAAAAAGCAGGCACCUAUUCGCAUUUCACAGAGUUGUAUUACCUGUCCAUGCUGCUCAUGUGGCCCACAAAAGACAGAAAACUUGAAAGUUUUCCAACAUACACACAUGUUAGCACAUACAUCACAUCAACUAAGAAAUCUUUCCAUCGGCGCUUUUCACACAUGUUUCCAGCAAGGAGUGCCAUUGCCCAUUUCUUUCUUGGUAAUUCCUCUGGACUAAGGCGAAUAAUUUCCAAAGUGAAACUUGACCAAAUUUUGGUCAGUGUUCAAGGACAGAGCAAUCUGCACAAUCUCUGGCAGAGUGGAGCAGCUUGGAAUGUUCCAGAGGUUCAGAAAGAGCUGUUACGGAUCAAAGGGAAAUUGGAAAAUGGAGAGAUUUUUGUGAACUAUGGCGGCAGCCUAAAAAUGUUUGUGCGUCCAGUUUACUUAGGGGACAUCCGAAGUGGGUACAGUCGGGAGAAAGUAUCCUUUUACCUUGGUUUCACAAUGGAAGGACCUGUGGCAUAUAACAUUAAGUAUGAAAAUGACCCAUGA